UCUUGUGCGAGAGAUGCAUAUUCUCAAUAAAAUGUAUGCAGAUAGGAAAAUUGCUGUUUUCGUUUGUGUGUUUAUUCUAAAGAGGAGGAAAUAGUGACCAGUAUUUUACGUAUACUUUGGACAUCAGACAGAGUGCUUUGGUCCGCUGAUCAAAGGAAAUAGAAAGUACACGAAGAUCAUCGAGGGUGCAGUGAAACUACAAUGCGAGUUAAUUACUUUUAAAAUAUACACGUUAAAAGAAGCAAAAAGAUGAAAAAGAUAUAGAAAAAUACUGGAAACAGAUAACCUCCUGUGCUGUGAGAUUUUCUGUAUGAUAUGUCGAUCGAAGACCAACAUGUGAGAAUAGAUGUUGGACAAAAAUAAUGUUGAAAUAGAAAUAAGUUCGUUUCGGCAUUAUAGAUAAAUAAAACGUAUUCACAAGUUUGCCCAAUUGUGAAAGGAUUUUUAACAAUAAAAAUCGUCAAACUGGCGGUCGGGGACGAAAAGUCGGAAAUGCAGACCUGUGCGGGCUGCGACAGGCCAAUAUUGGACCGGUUCCUCCUUAACGUGCUGGACCGAGCUUGGCACGUGCGCUGCGUGCAGUGUUCAGAUUGCAACCUAACGCUGACGGAUAAAUGUUUUUCAAGAGAUGGAAAACUGUAUUGUAGAAAUGACUUUUUCAUGAGAUUUGGGACCAAAUGUGCCGGCUGUCUUCAAGGUAUAUCACCUAGCGAUCUCGUGCGUCGGGCGCGAAACAAAGUGUUCCAUCUUAAAUGUUUUACGUGCAUGAUGUGUCGCAAAGAACUUUCAACCGGGGAGGAGUUAUAUAUUCUUGACGAAAAUAAAUUCAUCUGUAAAGAGGAUUAUUUGGCGAGCAAGCUCUCUGGUUCAGAUGUAGAAGAUGAUGGCGAUUUUGAAAAUGUUUUAGACCAGUCCGUUCAUGAUAGUGAGUAUGGAACACAAGACGAACAACAAUCGAAUGAACAAGACCUAUACCUCCCAAAUUCCGAGCGUGGUACUUUGAAUGGACAAAUUAAUGAUAUUAGUCAAUCUCUUAAUAUACAAACCUCAGAACAAUCGAGUCAUUUUGUAGGUUCUAAUAUAGGAUUAAAUCUUUCAAUUUCAAAAAUGUCUACAGAUUCUAAGUCAGAUACUAACAGCUUAUCGGAUUGUCACCUCAUUUCGGAUAAUAUGGGACUCAGAGAUGACCACAGAGACCAGUUAUCUGAUUCGUGUUUGAGUCCCGCUGGACAGGACUCUCAAAUACCAGACCAGAAUCCGGGAAGCAACUGUUCUAGUCAAGAAAAUAAUGACACUAAUAACAAUAAAGAUGGCGACGACAAAACCAAGUCUGGGAAUAAACGGAGAGGCCCUAGAACAACUAUCAAAGCCAAACAGUUAGAGGUUUUGAAAGCGUCAUUCAACGCGACGCCAAAACCAACACGUCAUAUCCGGGAGCAACUUGCAGCGGAAACGGGACUGAACAUGCGCGUGAUUCAGGUUUGGUUCCAAAACAGGCGGUCCAAAGAACGCCGAAUGAAACAGCUGAGCGCGCUCGGUGCUAGACGACAUUUUUUCAGAAAUCCACGGCGUAUGCGUGGUCUCCGAGGUGACGUAGAUGACGUUGAAAUGAUGGGGCAAGGAUACGGGUACUUUAAUGAAAAUGGCCAAGAUUUCUACCCCGGCUACCCAGGUCCGGGUUUUGGUGACUUCUUCCCUGGCCAGGGUCCCGAGAUGCCACCUGGUAUGACACUUUUGCCUCCGCAGGGCCGUGGGACACCGCCCCUCGGUAUGGAACAUCAGAUGCAUCCUGGAGGUCCCAUGGGGCACGAAGGGCAGUACCUCUCACCACAAGAUAUGAUGCCGCCAUCUUCUUCUCCCGAGCCUCUCAUGCACCCAGAUGAACAGUAUUUAAUGACGUCACUUCCGCCCAGAUCAUUGGCACCUCAAUUUCAACCGCAUGCGGGUGAAAAUUGGGGAUAACUUUAGAUUUUAUGUCUAUAAAUCAUUUUUAUCAUUGAAUAUAUAAAUCUUAAACAUCAUUCUUUAAAUCUUAUUUGAUCUCAUGAUAAACUAUUCUCGGCACAUAUUCGUCUUGUGCAAGAUUUGUUGGAUUGCCAGAAAAUUCGCAUUUUAUUACAACAAAUAAAAAACAAUGCGAAAGAUAUAUUAACAAUGCAGUAUAGUAAAUUCUCUAUAAACAGUUGCAAAUGUAAUUUCAGUAGGCUCCUAUUCUUUACAGCUAAAACAUUUAAUAUAUUUACAAUUUGCAUUGUUAAUGUUUAAGAUUUUUCUCUGUCUUAUUUUCCGAAUGAAUUUCAGCUUGUACAAUUUUGCAAAAUGUUCGUUGUGUAUAUAUUAUGUUUAUUUAUUUGUAAAUAGGUUGUUGUUAUUUACACGUCAGAGAUUCUGGUAAAUCGGGAUAUUGGCAAUAUGAUGUAAUUAAUGACAUCACGUUAAAAUGAACCAUUUUGUAAAACGGUGGUAUACAUAUUGACAAAAACAAUACUGCAGUUUUCAUACAUUUACAUAAAAUUUAAUAAAGUAAAUUUUUAAAUCAUAAUUUACACAUUACUGCAUAUGUAAAAUUAUAAACACCUAAUACAUUAUUAAAACUUGCAUCACCAUAGCUGUCACAUUUGAAUAUAGCCAUAUAAGGAUAUAUACUAUGACGUCACAGUUCACAGAACUCAAACGGUUACAUAUUUUUGUGUGUAAUCAGACUUUCAAGUAAACACAAUUUAUAUGCACUUUAGCUCAAAAUACUAAGUUGCACUAAUCAACAAAAGCUUGAAAUCUUUAAAAUAUUGUCAAUAUGGUUCUUUUAACGUGACGAUUUAUCAAACUUGAUGAUUUAACGAGAAAAUAAGGUUUGUUGUUCGUGUAAUACCUAUUCUAUAUGUACUAUUUGUUUAACGUUGACCAAGGAGUUCGUUUCUUUUGGUGCCCAUUCAUCUGUCGCCACAAAAAAAUUUAAUGGCGGAAAAAAACAACAAAAUAUGAUUGACGUCACAUCUUGAGUAUGACGUCAUUUUUAAUUCACAUAACUAUUUUAAUUUGCAUAUGAUUUAGGACUAUGUUUAAAAAUACUGGCCAUAAGAUGUGUAAUUUGCCGAUUUCAGCUUCCGUCAUGGUUAAAAAUAGUGGUGUGUUAUACGAUAUGACAAUUUCAAUGCAAAUGUCUCACUUUAUUUAUAUAUGUUGACGUAAUGUGUUGAACUGGAAGUGAAUCAAAAAUGAUGUAAUAAUGUAACUUUGUGCCACUGCCAAUACUCGUUAUGUGAGUCCAUUCCACACGUACAAAAUGAAUCAGGGAUAUCCAGAUAUUUAUGUUUAGAUGUUUGUAUUUUUUGCUGUUAUUUAUAUGUGUAUUGAUGGACAAACUGAAUGUUGUGUAGCGAAUGAAACUGAAAAUGUGCUAAGAUAUAUGUACAAGAUGUACAUAAUGUACAAUUAAAGGAGACAAAUUGCUUACGCAAUGAAUAAAUGUAGCUAACUCAAUAAUAGCACUAUGAAUUCGGUCAACAUUUUUAAUGCAAAGAAAUUUAAUUGUUUAUCUUUUUAUUGUUUAUAUCUUUAUGCACCCACACAAAUUUGCAAAAGUAUUUGCCAGUCUUAGCACACAUUGUAAUAAGUCAAAACAUGAUAAUAUACUGUAAAAAAUAAAUACUUUGUGUGUUGCUACCAGAUAUUUUGGUCACAAACCUAUCGUGUCAUAUUAACAGUUAGGAACUUAAAAACCAUUUUGGCACUUAGAGUUUGGUACUAAUGUAUUUAAAUGUGAAAGAUGUUGUUAAAAUAUAAUUGUAACAAUUUAAAUGACACACUUCCUAAACGCAGUGACUAAAUAUCUGUGCAUCUUUGGAAAAUAUUCAAAUAAAUGUCAUAUGAGCCGUGCCAUGGGAAAACCAACAUAGGGGGUUUGCGACCAGCAUGGAUCCAGACCAGCUGCGCAUACGCGCAGUCUGGUCAGGAUCCAUGCUGUUCGCUAACAUUUUCUCUAAUUCCAAUAGGUUUUGAAAGCGAACAGCAUGGAUCCUGAUCAGACUGCGCGAAUGCGCAGGCUGGUCUGGAUCCAUGCUGGUCGCAAACCCACUAUGUUGGUUUUCCCAUGGCACGGCUCAUAUAUUCAAAAGGUGACAAAUACUUUUGCAAAACUUAUAAUAUACAAGAUCUCACAUAUCGGGCUAGUAUUAGUUUUUGUUUGAGUUCAGUUUUUUUAAAUUGCACAGAUUCUUUUAUUAUUCAAACUUUCGGUUAAAACAAAAGGGUAGUUUUCAUGCAUUUUUCUUUAGCAAAGAUCAAGAAAACAACCCUGUAAUUUUCUUUCACAAAAUAUAAAUUAUUGAUGUAAUUUUUUGUUUGUUUUACAACACAACUUUCUAAGAACUAAAUUAAUGACAUAUUUUUAUCGACAUCAAAUGAAAGAUAUAUGUACUCAUGAAAGAUGGUUUGAUUCUGUUAACUACGGAACAGUUGUUCAAAAAUGAUUUUGUAAAUUUACUUCUUUAUGAAUGUUUUGUUUUUCCGAUUGGUUGAUUGUGCACGUUAACCUUGAUGUUUUUGUUGAUAUGGUGAAGAAAGGAGAAUAAAAUUUGAAACAAA